GAAAUGGGCUUCCUGUGUAAAAUAUUUGAAACGUAUCAGUUCCGCACGCGCUUUCUCGAAACAAAUGUUGACGUCAUUAAAAGAUUUGAAAAUCUAACGGAAAAAGGAAUGUCGAUGAGCAGUUUCUAGCUCAAAAUGAACUCUUUGAAAGAAAAAAUGGCGCAGCUUAAAACGCGAUUAGAUGAGGCGAGAGAUCGAAAAGAAACCGCGGAAACCGAAACGGGAACCGCCAAACGCAAGCCGAAAAAGCGGAAGAACGCGCGUCUGCCCUUUACCGCCACAUCCAAAUGACAGAGAUGCAAUUUGAAAAAACAAUAGCGAGACUGGAAGAGGCUCAACACAAGCUGAAAGCGGCGGCUACCGUAAAACAAGAUAACAGGGAAAAAAUAAGAGUGUUGGCGCAGAAAGACGAGUGUGAGAACGAGUGUGCUGAUGAACUGGAAGAUAAGAUCAUGGGGAACCAGGUUCAUUGUCAUAUCAUUAGUGACAAAUAUGCAGCAAGAGUCUCCAAUUUGUACACCUAUGACGCCAUAAGUAAGGACAUACUUCAUAGAUGGGCGUACCCCAUUGUGCCAGACAAUAGCUCCUUUUUCAUGGAUGAUUGCUACAGCUACAGCAGACACAACUUGUACUUGGACAAGAACCUAUCUCUAGCAAGGGACUGUGUCUUAGAAGAGAACCUGAUUAUUGGUGGUGGUACAUCUGUGGGCACAGGAACAGUCAUAUCUAACACUGUUAUAGGAAAGAAUUGCGCUAUAGGUGAUAAUGUUCGUAUAGAAGGGGCUCACUUAUGGGAUAAUGUCACUGUUGAAGACAACUGCUACAUCUCAUGUGCUAUCCUCUGCUCUAAUGUCCAUAUAAAGAAGAAUGUAACAGUCACCUCAGGAUCUGUAGUCUCAUUCAAUGUGGUGUUGGGACCUGAUAUCGCUCUGAGACCGGGAGCACGGGUCACCCUCAAGCGGCGGGAAGAAGAUGAGACUGACUUUGGAAUGGAUGACCUGUCCAUUGGUGAGAAACCCAAACAAGCAGAGCCGAUUGAAUUCAAUAAGACCGAGGUGGGCGCCGAGGGUUCGGGAUAUCUGUGGUUCGAGGAAGAGGAAUCCGAUGAUGAGUCUGAUAAAGUGGAAGAUGUUUGGGGUGCUGAAAGGGAAAGCUCCAGUGAAGAUGAAGUAAGCUCCAUUGCCAGCGAUAUUAGUAGCCUGCCGGACACGCCUCCACCCGAGGAUUCCAGAUUAUUCUACAAUGAAGUACUGGAGACAAUCCGACUGGGCGUGGUCGAUGGAGUGUCAGGGGAUAACAUGAUCCUCGAAAUCAACGCCUCCAAGUACGCCUAUAACGUGACGUUCCGUGACGUCAAUCAGUCAAUCGGGAAAGCGUUACUGGAGAGUGCGUUACACGACAACAACAUGGACAACCAGGCACAGUCAGUCAAUCUCAAAAAGACGAUGAUGCAUCUGAAACCAGUUUUCGAGAAUUACGUGAAGGACGCAGAGGGACAGAGAGAUCUUAUCGGCGCCAUCGAGGACUUCUUCCUUGAUAACGCGUGGUGUCGCGACACGCUGCAAGUCUGUCUUCACCUGCUCUACGAGAUGGACGUGCUAGACGAGACCGUGAUCCUUCACUGGCACGCCCAUCCGGGACCUUCAAAUGAUGACCAGGCCAUGGAGGAGCAGAAACGUGACCUCAGGCAGACUGCCGCGCGUUUUGUCACGUGGCUUAAAGAAGCCGAAGAAGAAAGUGACGAUGAAGACGAUGACGAUUAGAAAACUGGAUUAAAGUCUGGAUAGUUCUAAUAUGUUUUCAUACUUUCGAGAGACAGCCCGAGUCAGUCAAACCUUUGUUAUUAUUCACAUUCAAUCAUGGAAGAGACGCAAUGCGCACAAAUCUCAAAAUAACUGUAUCAAAACAAAGCUUUCUCCUUCAUUUACCCAAAUUAGAUCACAAUAGCUUUCCCAAAUCAACCGAUGGAGAUUGUUGUCUUAUUACACUCUGUAGCUUAAAUAGGAUGGGAAAAAGGCAGCUUGCAGAGAUUCUUGAAGGGUAUUCUGAUUGGCUCUAUGCCUCUCGGUAAUAUAAGAAUGAUUUACAACCAUCCAGGACUUCGGUUUUUGUGCUGUAAAUUAUAAAUAAAGGAAACUAUAGUGUU